CGCUGCUGGCUGUGCCGUCCCUUUACGCAGAGAGUAUUACGCAUCACUGGACUAUAGAGCGAGGACCCGCACGCUGUUUGUGCCCAAAAGUAUUUCAGGAACCAUUCGUCACCCAUCCAUCCCGGACUGCUUUGGACCUAAACACACCCCGCGUUUUUUUUUUUUACCAGAAGUCUGGACAACUACUCUUCUUUCCUUCCUCCCCUUUUCACCCGUGGAUCUAUCGCUCCCGAAACGCGCGCUCCUCGUGCUUUAAAAUGCAAGUCGGACGCAAGUCGUGUUGGAGGCAAUUGCAGGCUUCUUUUUUCAGACUGCUGUGUCUUAUCCCCACAGGAUUCCCCGUCCGGAGUGUGGAUAUGCAGCGGGCCACCGACAACAUCACGAUCCGCCAGGGCGACACGGCGAUCAUAAGGUGUUACGUUGACGACAAAGUGUCCAAGGUGGCCUGGCUCAAUCGAUCCAACAUCAUCUUCGCGGGCCAGGACAAGUGGUCCCUGGACCCCAGAGUAGAUCUGGUCACCAAAGGACAGCUGGAGUACAGCCUACGCAUACAAAAGGUGGAUGUUUAUGACGAGGGCUCGUACACCUGCUCCAUACAGACCAAGCAGCAGCCCAAGACCUCGCAGGUCUACCUCAUCGUACAAGUUCCAGCCAACAUCUACAAGGUGUCAGAAGACAUCACGGUGAACGAGGGCAGCAACGUGACACUCAGUUGUUUGGCCAGCGGCAGGCCGGACCCCACAAUCACUUGGCGGCUGCUCAACCCCUCAGCGGAGCCGCUGGACGGAGAAGAAUACCUGGACAUUAUAGGUAUCACGCGAAACCAGGCGGGUCGUUACGAAUGCAAGGCCAGCAACGACGUCGCCACGCCCGAUGUCAAAUACGUCAAUGUGGUUGUCAACUACCCUCCGACAAUAAAGAAAACCCAGAGCUCGGAGACUCCGGUGGGUCGCAUGGGGACGCUGCAGUGCGACGCCACCGCUGUGCCCACACCAGAGUUCGAAUGGUACAGAGACGAAAAAAGGCUGUCCAAUUCCCAGGGCAUCAACAUCCAAAUUCUUGGCACCACCACCAUUCUCAUGAUUGCCAAUGUCACCGAGGAGGAUUAUGGGAACUACACCUGCGUGGCCUCAAACCGACUGGGCGUCCAGAAUGCCAGCCUUUUCCUCUAUAGACCUGGGACGGGUCGAGAUAUCAACGGCUCUGCCUGUGUAUCUCAAUCACUGUGGCUCCUGCUAGCCUCCUGCGCCUGCCUUUUCUUCAAGUGUUAAUACCGCUGUCCUCCUCUUCCUCUUCCUCCCCCAUCCCGGCCUUCCUUCCUCCCCUUCCUCCUCCUCCUCCUCCUCCUCCUCCUCCUUCUCUCCGACUCACCGACAUCCUUAUUGCUACCUUAUUACCAACUUUUACCGCCCUCCUCCUCCCCCCCAGACUGUUUGCAUCAUGAUACAUAAACCUUACAGUAUGUGCUCUCCAGCACUGCUUACUGAUAUUAUGAAAAGCGAUGGGUUACGAGUAAAAUGUUAUAGGAACAACUAAAAAAAAAAAAAAAAUGAAGGACAGAACAAGCAAACAGUGCUCUUUUAAAGAAUUGUUCUUUUUAAUUCGUAUGCACUUCUUUGUUUCUGCUAUAUCUUGUCUUCGGGGUCUGGACGGGGAUCUGUUGUAUUUUUUGUCCUCAUGGGAAUGAAAACAGAGGCAGCCCGCUCACUCGGAUGCCAACAAUCAUUUGUCUCUAGAAGUGCUGAAGACAUGAGGUAUAUUUCUUCUUACUCCCAUAGAUGCAUUAUGUUAACUUAAAUUGUAGAUUUAACCGAGUGUUUAACCAGUGCAUUAAUGAGCGACAUGCAAACUCUCUGCCAAAUAUACAUCUGAAACUAACACACACACACACAGAAAUCAAAGGGAAACUCCUGCAGCUGAUUAAAGCUUUGGUAUUGAAGUCUGUGCUACCAUAAUCCGACACCACUAAGACCGAGACACAAAUGUAGAGCAUUGGCCAGAUUUCUCUCCGAUCGAUGGCGCCGUUUUGCAGAUGCAGCAGUCGGUCGGGUUGCUGCAGUCGAGCCCAGAAAUCGCAGUUUAUAGAAUGAUCCUGCUGAGCUAAACCACGAGGAAGCUAGUUUAUCUGGUGAUGGAUAUCUAUCUAUCCUCAUUCAGUGGCUUUGCAACCAACUCGCCUUUUAUUCCAAAAAAAAAAAAAAAAAGAAAUUCAUUUGUUUUUCUUUUGCGAAUGGAAAAAAAGAAACAGAACUCACAGUAGGGUACAACGACGCGUACUGUACAUAGUAAAAAUUUUGUAUUUCUCUACGAUAAGCAGCUGCCGCCGUAACAGCAGGAAGCGGAGGCUGCGGAUGCACGCGGCCUGUUGGACGACCAGGCAGGCGUCGCCGUGCGGGUCGCCCCGGCCCGGCGGCGGGCUGCACCGCUACACACUGUACCGCACACAGUGUCCGCUUUUAGUUUAUGAGUUUUAGGAUCAUUCUUCUAUACUGCUGGAAUUUGGAUAAAAAUGUAUGACACCAAUGAAUGACUUACUUUUUAGUUUUUCUCAAAAAAAAAGUGUGUGUGUUUUAAUAUGAAAUGGUACCGAAAAAUUCAUAAUAUAUUGCUAUUGAGGUUAUUUUUCUUUUUUUUUUGUCUUUACCUCAUUCAUUUUAGUUGUCUGUAUAUAUAUACUUGAAUCCAAUGUCCUUAUAUAUGAAAAGGCAAAUUUUCUGUGUCUGACUAGGGUAGAAAUUUGUUGAGGAUUGUAGAUCUCUCGAACCCUGAUCUAUCACGUCCGCCCAAGCCCAUUAGACGUUUUAAAAAACAAAAAAAAAGGUCUAGCAUAAAAAGAAGGUAGUUCUGUGCCGUUCUUAUUGUACCUAUCCUUGAGUUUAAACAAGUGCUGGCUUACAUGAUGUUAGACAGACUGGAGUGUUUCGCUCCUGAUGCUCCUCCGUGUUCCAGGAAUUCAGUAUGAGAGCAGAAACCAAAACGAAUACUGAAUCCGAUUCCCCCUCGACGGCCAUCCAGGCCAUUUAGCUGACGGCCCCGUUUUUACAAAGUAGGACCAUUAAAUCACACGUCGCGUAGAAGAUUUUCCCAUCGUACCUUUGCCAAAGCUUUGGCCGAUCACUGAUUUCUUUUAUUUCCUUACGAACAAAUUGGUUAAAUGUGUUGAUAUUUUGUAAAACUCACACGAAGAUCUCUCCAAGAGUGCAGUUCUUAGAGGAAGCAGCUCAGAGGCCACAGCUGUUGACGAGACAUACUGAAGCCGGUGCACUAUUAGCCACCUUCUUCUCUGCCAUCCGUUCUGACCUACUGUCAGGUGACUAAUAGGACUCCGGCGCCCGGCUCAGCUCCUCGACUGGAAGUGUGUUCGCGUCUCCGCCGAGAUAGUACUAGUACUGUAAAACACACGUGUAAUUAAUGUCAUCCUCGUCAUGCAUUCAAAGACUUGUUCCCAGUGUUUUUAGUGUAAAUGCUUCUGAGGCCAUGGCUGUGUGACAUUGUAGUGUUGGUAACGCCAUCUGAUCCAGUCUAAUUUUCAUGGGUGGAAGUGUAGAAGCAAAGACUGAAACCUGAAAAAAAAAAAAAGCCAGUUCCAAUCAAACCGAAGCAUUUAAACAGCUCCAUUUCUAUCAGCUCCAUCAACAAAAACAACAAUAUCUCACAAUCAGAUUCUUCAGUCUAAGAAAGACGCUUGUUCUUAUGCUUUCGUCGUGCUUUUUUUAAUUUAUUUUUUACAACUGAACAAGGGACUCCUGAUGUUUUUGUACUACAUUGGUAUUUCUGCAGACUCUCUGACUGCUUCUUAGCCUCCGGCUAGCCCAUACUUGAGGAUGUUACUGUAGUUUAUCAGCAACAGCUAUCUUCUUACUGUAAUAAGAAGCGAAUGAUCUGGAAGCUGUGGUGAAAUAGUUCUUCAUGAUCGGUUUGCAUGAGCGGGGUCUGUGCUACGCGUCUGAUCCGGUGAGUCGAAUUGGAAAAGAAAAACAAAAACCACUCAGGGCAGAGCAAGGCUGGCCUUGGGCAGAUGGGCAGACAAAGUAAAAGAUGUUUUUUUUUGUGGUUGUUUUUUUUGUCGUUUUGCUGGAGGAGACUCUGACAGACCGCCAGAGCAGGUCUCGCUCUCCAAACUGUGCUCAGCGUUUAUUUUAACCUGCUCGGGAUGCAUGAUCGCUGCGUCGCGGCAAACAGUCUGUUGAUUCACACGUUAAACUGAGCGUCUGUCCAGGUGGUUUUCACCUGAGGCUGAGCUCGCCAACGUGGAUGUCAAAGUGCGUCCAUGCAGGUUAAAAUCAGCUCAAACAGCACCGAGUUACACACUUGAGACGUAAAAGCCAUGGAGCUCUGUCUGGUCCGUGAAGCAGAAAGGAAGACGUGUGUUUCCAUCGCUCAUUCAGACCAACAGCCAGCCUACGGACGCAGCACCAACCCCCCUGUAGACAGACGUGGACAUCUACUGAAGACUGUAGAUACAGCUUUCUAGUUUACUCUUGAGCUUUGCCUCAAAGCAUCGCCAUCGCUUCACUGUACAAAACUGGCUUACGUACGUGCGCGUGGAAGUUCCCAUACAUGUGAGGCAUGAGAUCCAUAACCAGUUGGCGCAGCAGCCAGCUCUCUGCUUUCCGACGGUUACGGUGGUAACCCUCCUGUUUUAAGUUUAGACUCUUCUACUUUUUCUUUCCCUCCUCUGUGUGUAUAUACAGUAUUAUGUUUCUACAGUAGAAUGUUGUAAAGUCAGCGAAUCCAUAAGCUCGUGUUUAUACAACUCCACAUUUAAAAAUUUAAACAGCAAAUGUAACUAUCAUGUUUGUACUUCCCUUCCCUGCGUCACGGGGAAUUAAGAUUCAAUCAUGAAUUAUGACACAGCAAUGUCCCGGUUUUUUUUCUAUUUUACUUUACUUUAUUAUGGCAUAAGGUAAUUGCAGUCAGUUUCUAAAAAAAAAAAAAAAUGAUAUGUAAUAAAGGUAUAUGAGAACAUGUUAACAAAAUAAAGUUGUUUGAAUUCAGUGUUCUGUAUUUGAAUGUGACUUGAGAUGUCGGGGCAAGUAACCUCUUUUCUUUUUCUUUUCUUUUUUUUUUUUGGAGAUAGCUUGGAACACACGGGAUCCUAUUGGUACUGUUGUGUUAAUCACCAUGUAACAUGCAAAUAAAAUAAUAUAUGUAUUGUUA